CCAGCUCGCGGCCCUGAUUGGCCGCCGCAUUCCCGCUUUCCUUCCCGAACCGCCAUUUUGAAAAUCUUGUUGAUUCGGGGGAGCCGAGAGCGCGGCGCGAGCGUCACGCCAGAGAGCGGCCCGUGCGCCUCCUCCUCGGCGCUCGCCGCCGCCUCCCGAAGCCUCUUCGUGCCUUCGCGCGCCAGGCCCGCGGCGGCCGGCACCCGCGGUCCACAGCAUGUCCUCCUCGGGCCCAGCUGCAGAGGGAGAGGGAACCCCCGCCCAGCCCGCGUCCGAGAAAGAACCCGAAAUGCCCGGCCAGAGAGAGGAAAGUGAAGAGGAGGACGAGGACGACGAGGAGGAGGAAGAGGAGGAGGAGGAGGAAGAAAAAGAAAAAAGUCUCAUCGUGGAAGGCAAGAGGGAAAAGAAAAAAGUAGAGAGAUUGACCAUGCAAGUCUCUUCCUUACAGAGAGAGCCAUUUACCAUUGCACAAGGAAAGGGACAGAAACUUUGUGAAAUCGAAAGGAUACAUUUCUUCCUGAGUAAAAAGAAAACAGAUGAACUUAGAAAUCUACAUAAACUGCUUUACAACAGACCAGGCACAGUGUCCUCGUUAAAGAAGAAUGUGGGUCAGUUCAGUGGCUUUCCAUUUGAAAAAGGAAGUGUCCAAUACAAAAAGAAGGAAGAAAUGUUGAAAAAAUUUAGAAAUGCCAUGUUAAAGAGCAUCUGCGAGGUUCUUGAUUUGGAGAGAUCAGGUGUGAAUAGUGAACUGGUGAAGAGGAUCUUGAAUUUCUUAAUGCAUCCAAAGCCUUCUGGCAAACCAUUGCCAAAAUCUAAAAAAAGUUCUAGCAAAGGCAACAAAAAGGAACGGAACAGUUCUGGAAUGGCAAGGAAAGCUAAGCGAACCAAAUGUCCUGAAAUUCUGUCAGAUGAAUCCAGCAGUGAUGAAGAUGAAAAGAAAAACAAAGAAGAGUCUUCAGAUGAUGAAGAUAAAGAAAGUGAAGAGGAGCCACCAAAAAAGACAUCUAAAAGAGAAAAACCUAAACAGAAAGCUACUUCUAAAAGUAAGAAAACCGUAAAAAGUGCUAAUGUUAAGAAGGCAGAUAGCAGCACCACCAAGAAGAAUCAAAACAGUUCCAAAAAAGAAAGUGAAUCCGAGGAUAGUUCAGAUGAUGAACCUUUAAUUAAAAAAUUAAAGAAACCUCCUACAGAUGAAGAGUUAAAGGAAACCGUGAAGAAGUUACUGGCCAGUGCCAACUUGGAGGAAGUCACGAUGAAGCAGAUUUGCAAGGAGGUAUAUGAAAAUUAUCCUGCUUAUGAUUUAACUGAAAGAAAAGAUUUCAUAAAAACAACUGUUAAAGAGCUGAUUUCCUGAGGCAGAGGAGACAGAUGACUUGUCCCGUGGAUGUAAAGAUCUGAUUUAUACCAUUAUACCAGCAAAGAGAAUGUAUUUCCUUUUCUAAAUCCCUGCAGGCAUUGUGUUGGUAGAACUUAUUGCCGAUCUUUUUAUCUUGAGUGUUAAAGUAAAUUUGAGUUUGUUGUUUUAAAUUGCAUUUCUAUGCAGUUUUUAGUUUAAAAUUUUGCAUGGCAGUAACUGUUCCUUGCUUUUAUAGCUGUAUUUUGUACAUUUUGGAUUUCUUUAUAUGAGAUCGUAGAUUCUCGAACUGUUGUAGUUUUUAGCGCGCUUGGUAGGAGUCGCUUGUUUCGGGUCUACUUUUAAUCAAGUAGAACAAACUGACAUUUAUACAUGCAGAGACUGUGGCAGUAUUUAGUACACGGAAUAUUUUGAAUACACAUCUGUCAGUGGCGGUGUGUUCAUAUUAAAAAUACACAGGCUUCAGCUACUGAGAUUAAAUUGGAAAUUUUCUGCAUGUGUAUAUACGUCAAAUUGUCAGCAUGACAAAAGUGACAGAUGUUAUUUUUGUAUUUUUAAAAACAAAUUUGUUGUAUAUAAAGUUUUUUUAUUUCUUUUGUGCAGAUCACUUUUUAAACUCCUCUAGGUAGGUAUCUUUGCAGUUAUAAACUAUGAAAUGUCAGUGUUCGGCCAUAUGGUAUGACUGAGCAGUGAAAGUCCGAAUUCAGUGGAGAAAACACUGAAGGAACAGACCGUUCUCUGCUUUGCCUCAGAAGGGUCAUCAGUGUGUGGUUCUAGUGUUGAUUCUGCAAGUGUCUGUAGAUACAUUUUAUAUUAGGGAUCAACCAGAUCAAUACACCAGAACUUCAAAAUUUGGGGACAGGGUGGGAGUAAGUACAAGCACAUUUGGCUUAUAAUAAAUGAACUGAUUUUUAUUAACUGCUUUUGCCCAUAUAAAAUGCUGAUAUUUACAGGAAACCGGGCCACCUUUAUAAUUAUGAUAAAUGUACCAAGUAUAAUGCUAGAAGAUAAUGUGUAGGCAAUAGUGGGUAUCUCUGACACAGUAUUUCUCAAAAGUGAUAAAAGAGUUAUUUUUAACAUUAAAGAAGUUUAAUGUAUGUGUGGAAUCAGGGCUUUUGGGUUUUAAAUUUUGGCCAAUCAGGAUUCUAGGUGAUCAGUAUACAGGCCACUCCUGAAUGAGACUAUUUUGUCUUUUAAAUUGUCUUAAUCAGUUUAUUGAAUAAUCUCUGAAUUUUAAAGUAAAACAAUGCUACUUAUGAGAGAACUAGGCCUUUGAUAAACCAUUUGAGCAUUUAAAAUAAAAAUCCAUCCAUACAAAUGGUGUGUUAGGGUUUUUAACAGGCUUGUUUAUUGAUAAAUGCAAAUGAAUGGAGUAAACAACUAAAUGAGACCCAAGAAUUGGCCUUUGAUUUUAAAUAUUUAAUUUGUUCCUAUAAACCUUGUCAAUAAAAAUAAUAAAUCCAUGCUCUUGUCUCCUGCAUUACUGUCUUACGGUUCUUGUAGCAUUUCCCCCCAGCUGAGGAAUUCAGAACAGGUUUUUAGGUGGAUUUAGCCCCACGGUCCCAGUUAAUUUGGAGUGCUGUUCAGUGAUAACGGCCC